UUUCUCCUCCUCUGUCCCUCCUCCCCUUCCUCUUAUUCCUCGCCGCAUCUCCACCACCUGCCACAGCGGCGACGCAGCGAUGGAGAUCUUCCGCAAAUUAUUAUAAGCCCACAGAAAGAGCUCAGCUGAGAGAGAAGGAGGAGGAAAAGCAGAGUGAGAGACAUAGAAGGUGGAGACAGAGAGGAACGGGUAGAAACGCAGGGUGGUAAGCGGAAACACAGAACCAUAUGGUUUGCCUGAGGAGCGGCUGUUUCUGAGGACUGCUGGAGCGGACAGAAACUUAUUCACCCACCAAGAUCGGAUGAAAGUUUGUGCAGGGUGGAUUGCGGUUAUUGGACCUCCCUGAAAGCGCACACGCACGCACACGCGCACAGAUCAUCACAAGACGCAGCUACAAAAGCUCGCUGCAAGGAGGAAAUUGAAUUAGACGAAGAAGUUAUUCCCGGAGAAGAGGAGGGGAUAUCGGUUCAAGUCUUGGCUUCUCUGAGCUCACCAGGAGUCUCGUCUCCCGUCCUCACGGUAACAUGUCUGGAUCACAGACUGUAACCAUCCCGGACGACCGGGCGUUCGCCAGCUUCAAGGCGGAGUGUCUGUGCGAAGAGGGGUGGAACAUGACCUACAGCAAAUCGGGCAUCACGGUAUGGAUCCAGGCUCUCGAGGAAGGGAAGUCCGUGCACAAAAUUAAGUGUCAGAUGGUGUGUAAGGACGUGUCAGCUGAGACCAUGUAUGACGUUCUCCAUGACAUUGAAUACAGACGGAAAUGGGACACAAACGUCAUUGACACCUUUGAUAUCGGGAAACUUACCGUCAAUGCAGAUGUUGGCUACUACUCAUGGAAGUGUCCAAAGCCUCUUCGGAACCGUGACGUCGUCACACUUCGCUCCUGGCUGCCAAUAGGAAAAGACUACAUCAUCAUGAACUACUCUGUCAAACAUAGCAAAUACCCUCCUAAAAAGGACAUGGUGCGUGCUGUUUCCAUUCAGACUGGGUACAUGGUCCAGAGCCAGGGACCUAAUUGCUGUAUCCUCACGUACAUGGCCCAAGUAGAUCCACGAGGUUCAUUACCCAAGUGGGUUGUCAACAAGUCUUCCCACUUCCUUGCUCCACGUGCCAUGAAGAAGAUCAACAAAGCCUGUUUGAAGUAUUCAGACUGGAAGCAGAAACACAACCCUGGCUUGAAGCCCUGGCUUUACCCUGAACAGACUACGUUACCCAGCAUCCCUCUCUCUGAGCUGAGCAUCCAGCACGCAGACAGCCUGGAGAAUAUUGAUGAGAGCUCCCUGGCCGAGUCCCAUGAGAGAGAAGACAGUGACUAACACAAACACACAGUCAUGUGUUCAAACAGUAAUGCAGGGAUACAUGAAAGCCUGAUACACAUCCAUAAUUACAUGUAUGUAUAUGUGAUUCUGAUUUCUGAGUGUGUGUGUAUAUACAGUACAUCACAUACAUCAACCUUAUACAUGCAAAUGCACAUGCAGGCACACCAACAGGCACAUGUAUGCAUGCAUUCAUGCAUAAAGACAUACUUCACCACACACUUACAUUGAUAAUGUAUGACCACAUACAGUAUGUAUACAUAUAUGCACUCACAAACACACGUACUCUCAAGGGGCUCAAAGAAUACUUAUUUUUACAGGUCAGUAAACUAAUAUAUAGUGUAAUCAAUGGCUGUUCAAAGUUUUCUGAUUGGGACCUAUGCAAAGUAUCAUCGUAAAAUAUAUUUUCAAUAUAAAAUAUUGUUAAAAUGACAGCACACAUCUGUUGUCGUUCAAAUUCUGAAAUAUGUAUUUAAAAAUAACACUGUCCCUUUAUAACUACUCGUCCCAGAUCUCCCUGCACCCCACAUACAGGCACAUAUUAUUCAUUUAUACUAUGCUAAUGCACUCAGAUAUGUAUACCCAUCAGUUUGUAUCUCCCUGGCUAUGUUGUCCCUCUCUCCUUCAUUAUGUGUCCCCAUCACAUUUUGUAAGCACAUAAUAAAUAUGCAGGUGUGCAGAAGGCAGCUGGAAUUCCCAACCCAACCUGCAUCCCUCUCUAUCUCUCUCUCACAUACACACACACAAUCAGAUUUACACUCACAUGUACUGUCUGCUCCUCUGUUUAAGAGAUGUAAGAAUGUAUGUAGAGUUUAAAAAUUAAAUAUAAAUUCCUACAAAGGUUUUCAAAUUUCAA